GGCCAGGUAACUUGGAUCGCCAUUGCUCUAUCUAUAUCCUCCUCUCUUCUAGCCAGUCGUGAGGCAGCGACCGAGGCAUAUCGCAUCAGAUAUUCAACCAAGGCGACGUCACGAAGUAGCCAGCUUCAUCCAACCUUAUGCAGCAAGCCGCUCACUAAACCCACCCCGUUUGCUGUAUUCGAUCGCAUUGCCAUCACCAUGUCGUACGCCCUACCUCGCACCGGACCUGAUUCGGGACGAUCGCGUUUCCAAACCCAAGAUGCCUCGACGGGCAGUGCAGGUGUGGCCGAGAAAAUAGGAGGAAUGUUUGGCGACAGGAGGCCCUCCUUGCCCAUGUACAAAGACAAGCCCUUCGCCAACUCCUCCCGCAGACUACCUUGGUUCAGGAGGAAACGUAUCCUGGCCGCUUCGCUGGUCGCCUUCACCACUCUCUUCUACUGGUUGGGUUUGUCCAGCGGAUCACCAACUCCUGCCGUCAUCAAGUCCAAGAAGCCUGCAAACUGGGAAGAUCGACGGAAAUUGGUAAGAGAUGCUUUCAAGUUGAGCUGGUCUGCAUACGAACAACAUGGCUGGGGUUACGACGAGUUCAAGCCCGUCUCCCAGACCGGUCGCCACAUGGUCAAUGGUGGCAUGGGCUGGAUCAUAGUAGAUGCUCUCGACACACUGAUGCUCAUGAAUCUCACCACCGAACUCUCGCACGCUAGAGAUUGGGUCUCGACCACCCUGAAUUACGACAUUGACCACGAUGUAAACACUUUCGAAACCACCAUCCGCAUGCUCGGUGGCUUGCUAUCCGCUCAUUACAUUUCCACAACCUUCCCGGACUACGCUCCUUUGACGAGUCACUCUGCUACUGGCGCUUCCAUCAGCGAGGACUUGUACUUGGAGAAGGCCGCCGAUCUGGCUGAUCGUCUUCUCGGCGCAUACGAGUCAAACUCUGGUGUGCCUUACGCCAGCGUCAAUCUCCACACUGGCAAGGGCAUUCCGUCUCAUGAUGAUGGAGGUGCUUCUUCGACCGCCGAAGCAACCAGUCUUCAACUCGAGAUGAAAUACCUGGCCAAACUGACGGGCGAGGUACACUACUGGGAGAAGGCCGAGAAGGUCAUGCAAGUCGUUGAUGACAACAACAUGGAGGACGGUCUGUUACCUAUCUUCAUCUACGCCCAAACUGGUAACUUCAGAGGCAACAACAUCAGAUUGGGCAGCCGUGGUGACUCUUACUACGAAUACUUGAUCAAGCAGUACCUGCAAACCUCGAAGCAGGAAUCUGUCUACCAAGAGAUGUGGGAUCAGUCUCUUGCAGGCAUUCAGAAGCAUCUCAUCACAUACUCGCAGACGGCCAAUCUCACCAUUCUUGGUGAGCGUCCUAUGGGUCUGGACCAGCCAAUUUCUCCCAAGAUGGAUCAUCUGGUUUGCUUCAUGCCGGGUACUAUCGCACUCGGAGCUACUCAGGGAAAGACUCUCGCAGAAGCCAUGAAGUCGCCUGACUGGAGCAAGAAGCAGGAGGGUGAAAUCGAGCUUGCCAAGCAACUAAUGAAGACCUGCUGGGCUACUUACAAAGUCACCGCGACCGGUCUCGCGGCAGAAAUCACCCACUUCGAGAUGCACGAUCCUCCAGCUAUGAUGCCCGAUGGCAUUCUCUCGUCACCAGAGACACUUUCCGAUGAUGCAGAAGCAGAGUGGAAGAAGGACUUGAUCGUCAAGAGCGCCGACUCGCACAAUCUGCAACGUCCCGAAACAGUCGAGAGUCUAUUCUACAUGUGGCGCAUCACCAACGAUGACAUUUACCGCGAAUGGGGCUGGGAAAUGUUCGAGUCCUUCGUCAAGCACACGGCCGUCGAGCACAAUGGCGGAUACACCAGUAUCAACAAUGUCAACGACAUCCCCACAUCUGCCAGAGACAACAUGGAAAGUUUCUGGCUCGCCGAGACGUUAAAGUACUUUUACCUCCUCUUUGGGCCUGAUGAUGUUUUACCAUUGGAUAAAGUCGUGUUUAACACCGAAGCUCACGCGUUCCCUAACUUUGAGUUGGGCAAGCUAUUCAAGACUGGGUGGAAGCGUAAGCCGAGAGAUUCUAAUGGUCAGCUUGUUGAGGUGCCUGCGCCUCGUGAUGCUGUUACUGGGGAUGUGAAGAAGGAGGCUACGGCCCCAGGCAUCAAGACGGUGACUGUACAGGGCGCAAAGACGUUGCCUGUGGAAGCGCCUGUCAAGGUGGAGGAAGCAUAGGCUUUUGUGACACAAGCACAUUAUUUAUUCCGUCUGAAUGUUUGUUGUUGCAUAGCGUGACUAGAUUAGAUGACGAGAAAAAGC